AUGACAACGCAAUCGAGCGCCGGUCCACAGUCUCAACCAUCGCGCGAUUUCUUUGCUUCGUCACCUUCCGCAACCCCUGGUUCACCCAGCAAACAAGCUUCUCAAGCGUCCAAACAGCCAGACGCUCUGGUAACACCAUCAUCGGUCACAGCCAAUACCUCCGUCUGUGCGGAUAACCUCUUGGACCACCACCAACAUGAGCCGCAGCACGAUGCUGCAUCGGUUGUCAUCGGCAUUGAAGGCUCAAUCAAUGAUUCUGCUGCGAUCCACCGUCGAAGGCAGCAACCACGCAGAGCUGCUGUGCAGAAUGCAAAGCCCCUAUUUCUGGCAGAAGACGAAGACGAUGCUAUCAACUGGCCGGUAGCGGAUCAAGAAGAAGGAGACGACUUCUUUUCCACGCAGCUUGCCGACCAGAAAGUCAAGAGGCCAGCUCGUGCAACUGUGAAUAGCGACGAAAAGGAUUUCCAGCCUAGCACAUUGUCGUCUCUAUCUUCCCCUCCAUCAGAGACCGUAUACAAGCGAUCGCCUCCGUCAGACGAUGUGCAAGCGUCCAACGGACCAGCCAAAAGACCAAAAAAGUCUUGGUCGACCCCAGCUUCAGUAGCUACUACGAAAAGCGCGCCGCGGCAUUGCUCACCAACACCCGACCCACGUCUUCGCCACGAUGCGUUUGACCGUCGCUACAUAGGCACUUUUGUGCUUUCAGCUUGGUCGUUGUCCAAAGGCUCAUCUUAUGUGAAACCAGGCGAUGCGGUCCGCAUUUUUCGUCCACGCAAGAAACAUGCCACUGCUGAGCCAAAGAUUGCCUCAAAACUCACUAAUGGUGGCAUGCAAAAAGCCAAGCAGACCACGCUCAAUUUUCGAGGUGCCUCUGCAGGCCCCACCAACUUCUUUACGUCCAAGCAAAAGUCGAAGGAAAAGGAACACUUUAUCGUUCGUUUCAGCAACAUGCGUGGCUUUGAAGUGGGUCGUUUGCCUCUUGAGGUGGCUAUCUGGAUGUCUAAGCUCAUCGAUGCCGGAAUAGCCGAGUUCGAAGGUGUGGUGGUCGAUUGUCCGCCAUCACUCACAGUCGGAUGUGACAUUAUUUUACAGGUCAAGGCGUAUAUCAAGUUCGACGCUUUCUUCUCGACCCUACUUGGCAGCCGCGAAUUUGACGAUCAGAACGAAGCGCUACGACCAGAGACAGCCGAGUCAGAUCUGGAAAAGACUCUACGAGAGAGAAAGAUCAGCUUACUUCGCAUGUUUCGCGUAUGCGACCUCAAGCCUCGCCUAAGCAACGCGAUUCUCAAGUCGCACAAGGCCAGCGACGACUUUUCCAGCGAGGCCAUGCUCGAUCAGUACGGCGGAGACAUUCAAGGUGCUGUCAAGCAUGCAGGAAGUGAUCUAGCCAUAUCGACCGAGAACGGUACACAGCUUCCUCACGCUGGGGAAGAUGCUUCAUCUACCGCUAUUGAUCUAGACGUUGAAGGUGAUACCGACGCUGUCGCUCAUCUUGAAAUAGCCGAUCAGUUGCAAAGUGCAAAGCGGCAGACAGAUGGCGAUGCAGAUACCGAAGAAAACGACGGUACUGAGCUCAACCUCAAUCAGCUCGACCAAGUCUAUCGCAAGGCUCAGGCGAAUGAUGCCCACCUUCCUGAGGUUGAGCCACCCGAAUCGUUCGUCCUCACACUGCGACCUUACCAGAAGCAGGCGCUGGGCUGGAUGAAAAACAUGGAAAUGGCGCCUGGCCAAUCGUCGUCUAGCCAAGAGCAAAGCGUAACGCAGCAGGGCAACGGCGACACUGGCGAACGAAACGUUUCGCUUCAUCCUUUGUGGGAAGAGUACGAAUUUCCACUUGACUAUGACAAUCCGCAAGCAAACGAGCGUCUGAUUCUCAGCGCUACGCGCUUGUUUUACUUCAACCCGUACACGGGUGAUCUCAGCCUGGACUUCCAGCGUGCUAGUAAGGGCUCGCGCGGCGGUAUUCUGGCCGACGAGAUGGGCCUAGGUAAGACAAUCAUGGUGGCGAGUCUGCUCCAUGCUAACCGCACUUCGGAUCCAGGAGAAGAAAGUGAAGGUGAGAUCAAUGCAGUCGACGCUGCAGAAGGAGACGUUUCCACGAAACGCAAAGGCUCGGCGAAGCAGACUUCGCUGGCGUCGGCGUUUGCUGCGUCGACUUCAAGUGUAGAUCAGCGCAAAGCUUUGCUUAAGGCAUCUGUGUCGAAAGGAAAAGCAUCUUUGGUCGUAGCUCCGAUGAGCUUGAUUGGCCAAUGGCGCGACGAGCUGAUUCGCGCUUCGGCUCCUGGAUCGCUCACACCCGUGCUCUACUAUGCGGAUACCAAGGGCGACUUACUCGCGCAACUCGAGUCCGGCAAGGUAGAUGUCGUCAUCACAUCGUACGGCACCUUGGUCACUGAAUACCGUCGCUUUCUCGACGGAGGUGGAGCCUCUAAUCGGCACCUGUCGGUCAGCGCUCCACUUUACUGCAUCGACUGGCUAAGGGUCAUCCUCGAUGAAGCGCACAACAUCAAGAAUCGCUCCACCAUGAACGCUCGUGCCUGCUGCGACCUUGUCUCGCGGCGUCGCUGGGCGCUUACAGGUACGCCGAUCAUCAACCGUCUCACGGACCUCUUCAGCCUACUCAAGUUCCUGCGUGUCGAACCGUGGGGUGAUUUCAGCUUUUUCAACUCGUUCGUGUGUAAACCAUUCCAGGCGAAAUCCACCAAAGCGUUGGAUGUGGUACAGGUGAUUUUAGAAUCGGUCUUGUUGCGCAGAGAAAAGAAGAUGAAGGACAAAGAUGGUAAGCCGAUUGUCGAGUUGCCUCCGAAGACGAUCGUGGUCAAGGAGCUCGAGUUUUCCGAAUUGGAGAGGAGGAUUUAUGACAAUGUCUACAGGAGGGCGUACUUGCAAUUUGCGAGUCUCAAGGCAAAUGGUACGGUGACAAGGAACCUUUCGGUGAUUUUCAGCGUGUUGAUGCGGUUAAGGCAGGCGGUGUGUCAUCCGAGUUUGGUAUUGAAGGCCGGUAGCAAGGUGCAAAGUGGCGGAAUACGGAAGGAUCAUGUGGAUCGGAAUGGCGAGGUUGGAGUGGGCGAGGGGGAUCAUGUCGAAGUUGAUGCGGAUGCGGUCGAGUUUGGACUGGAUUCAGACCAUGUAGGAGGGAAUGGCACGCCGAGUACGCAAGAUCUGCGCGAGUUGGUGGCUCAAUUCCAGUUGGACGAAGCAGGUGAGGCGGGUGAUGAUUCGACCGAGAGCUAUACGAAAGCGACGGUUGAACGGCUCAUCGGCGAGAUGCAUGGUGAUCAAGCGACUGUGCCACCAGUUGUUAGUGAUGGGGAAAACGAAUGUCCGAUUUGUUUGGAAGAAUCGCAAAUUUCUCCAUGCUACUUACCACGGUGCAUGCACAGCGCUUGCAAAGCGUGUCUGGUGGACUAUCUUGGGCAGUGCAAGCAAAAGGGAGACCAGGGUGCUUGUCCGACGUGUCGUAAGGGGCCGGUGCAAGAGACCGACUUGAUCGAAGCGAUACGUACACGACCUGCUACUCGAGCUGCAAGUGGUGGUGCUUCGCCCACGGACCGACCCGGAAAAGCCUGCACAUUGACCAGUGUACCAUCCGUGAUUUACGUGCGUAACAACCUACGUACAUCGACCAAACUCAGCGCGCUCAUCUCGCAUCUCAACACAUUGCGUGCAACUGAGGCCGCAUUCAAGGGCGUCAUCUUUUCGCAAUUCACCUCGUUCCUCGAUCUGAUCGAACCCGUACUCACGCGUUACCGUUUCCACUUCCUCCGCCUCGACGGCAGCACCCCGCAAAAAGUACGCGACAAACUCGUCCUCGAAUUCCAAUCUCCAAGCCCCACCAACCACGUCGUCCUCUUCCUCAUCUCUCUGAAAGCCGGCGGCGUCGGACUCAACCUAACCGCUGCAAACAAAAUCUGGCUCUUGGACUUCUGGUGGAACUCGUCCAUCGAAAACCAGGCCAUCGACCGAAUUCACAGAUUCGGCCAAACAAGCCCCGUCAGUGUUUUCAGGUACAUCAUCAAGGACUCCAUCGAGGAUCGCAUCCUCUUAAUCCAAAAACGAAAGGACAUGCUCAUCAAACAUGCAUUGAAUACCGACAACCAUCCACAUGGUACCAAGCCCAACAGUGAGAUGCUCGCCAACUUGGACUUGUUGUUCGGCGAAUAG